UUAAACAUUUAUCGAAAUGUUUAAACUAAAUUAUAUUACAUUCAUAACGCCCGACCGACUUCAAACAUUUUAUCUGAUGUGGACACGUUCUGAUGUUAUGAUUGACCUCCUUUAGAGAACUAUACUGAAGGCCUUUAAGUGAAGGCAAAUACACAGAAUUACGACACGAAAGAUACACAGAUUACACACAAUGGAAUGCUCCUUAAAUGAAUGCGGUGUAUGCGGUUCGGAGUCAGUUGCUGCUUUCUGCGAAAACUGUAAUUUUAGAAUUUGUAAGAAUUGUUUCCACGUGCACAAAAAGUCAACCAAGUUAUUUAAGAAUCACCGGGCUUUUUUAAUUGAAACAACUCAACCGAUUUUAGGUCAAGGUUUUGCAGGCCAUAAUUCUCGUAAGGUUUCUAAACAUAGUUCUGGUGAUAUCCAUACUCAUAAAUGCGCAACACAUGCAACAGAAAAUUUGGCUUUCUUCUGUUCAGACCAUUCAGACACUCUAUGUGGUCGUUGUGUAGUUUCAUGCCACAAAUUGUGCAAAAUAGUUGACUUGUUUGAGGUUAAUAUUGACGACGAAGAGGUUACUGCAUGCAAGUCACACUUACACGACUUGGCAGAAAAAUUUAAGCGUGCUGCAAAUAAAAUUGAUCAAAACACAACCGACAAUAAAACCUGUAAACAGGAGUUUCUUAAGGAACUUCAACAAUUACGGAUAGAUGUUAACACAUGGUUUGAUUGUCUUCAAUCAAAGUGCGAAAAACAGUACAGCGAAACGUUUGAGACAAAUACUGAGCGUUUAACAAGAGUUCGAACAUCUUGCAAUGAACUUGAAAAGCGUAUUGAAGAUCACCAGGAAUUAAUUGAUAGCUUACUUACACAAAACCACGUCAAAAAAUUAUAUGUUGUACUAAACAAAAUGAAACAGGAAAUCGUAGAGAUUAAUUCAAAACUAACCUGGCUCGACACUGAAAGCAGCUUCACAGAAUUAAACUUCAAACGCAGCAGUGGCAUACAUAAGUUAUUGAAUGACAAGAUGUUUGAUAUCGGAGGCCUGGAAGAGUCAUGUUCUGGAAGUGACGAGAUAUCAGAAGGGCCACUUUCGUCAAUCACGGUUUCCUCAGAGGAAUUGAAUGAACAAUGUAUUAUAUGUAUGAAGGUAAUAUGUAACCCCAAAAAGCUAAAGUGUGGUCACAUUUUCUGUGGAGAAUGCAUCGACCAAUCACUACGUUUUAAGCAAUGGUGUCCUGCAUGUGGACUCGUAUGUGGAAAAAUCACAGGUGAUCAACCACCAGGGAAGAUGACUGUUAAACAAACACAGGGGUUUUGUACUGGAUACGAAAGAGAUGCAAAAAUUAGCAUCACAUACGAGAUUUUUGAAGGACGACAAUCGGAAUGUCAUCCAUGUCCUGGUAAAUUGUAUAAGGGGAUAAUGAAAACGGCAUAUCUCCCUGACAAUGAGCAAGGACGAAACAUUUGCAGAAUGCUUAGGGUUGCCUUUGAAAGGAAACUGGUUUUCACCAUUGGAAGCUAUCGAACAACAGGCCAGGAAGGAUUGAUAACUUGGAACGCUAUCUACCAUAAGACUGACAAUCGGCCAUAUACCAAGUUUGGUUAUCCCGAUCCAACAUAUCUGGACAGUGUGACUGAUGAGCUCAAACGUAAAGGUAUUACCCUGGAUGAUAUUAACCCAUCAGAUAAGCUGGAAGGAAUCAUUACAAGUGAUUGAAUUUGUAAACUUAUGUUACCAUUAUGUUAAGGGGCAGCGCUUGACGGUUAACAACUGUAUAAUGUAAGGGUAACAAUUUAUUGACGUGUGCAUUAGAACAUGAUAUCAUAUAUAUUAGCUAUGUUUGUGUUCACAUAUUUGCUAGUAUUUGAAGUUAAUUUUAAGUAUUAUAAAUGUUUUGAAUUAAUGACAUCCUUGUAAAUUCAAACAUGAUUAUGUGUUUAUUCUACUGUUGCAUAUAAUGAAUUUUUCAAUGUGUUUUCUUGUUUUGGUCAACAGAUAUAAUUAUGUAAAUACAUUAAAGAUUUUCAGACUCACACACAAGUUUGAAAAUUUUAGCUGAGAAAUGUAUAUGACAUUUGUAACGUGCAUGAUUUUUAUUGCAUUUGUAAUUGAGGGAAAUGAGUAUUUCCAUAUGUAAUUAAGUUAUAAGAGUUUUAUGUCGAUUGUAAAUUUUGUGUCCAUGAAAUUAUUUAGUUCAAUGAUUUUGUUCUGUAUCGUUCAAUAGCAAUUUCUUUAUGUUCGCACUGUUUUCCAAAAACCCACAAUAACUGAAUGAUUAUAGAAACUUGUUUGUAAAACAAUAUUCGCAAAAUCAGAUGCUAAAAUGUCUCCUGUUUACUUAACUUUUGGAUUGGUUCGUUUUUUUAAAGAAGGUGGACUUGACAUAGCUUACUGACUUAAUCAUCGUAUCGUACAGUAAACGACAUGUUUGUAUGAACAUUUUUUGUGGUCAAGUAGAUGGACCAGAUUGCAACAGAAAUGUUUGAGUUAAAUAUAUCCUGAUCAAUGAAAACGCAAUUCAAGAAUUCCUUUCUUCCAUAAUACUUAAUUCAUUAUGAUUAUUUAUUUAUACAACUUUAUUUAUUAUUUUAACAUACGAACUUUGUAAGACGAAAAUGUUCUGCGUAAGAAGUACUAUGUUCACCCCAUGCAUUUUAAACGUCUGCACAUAAUCAAAUAUGACAUAUUGAGCAUCGAUUGUCGUUUAGUAGUUAACGAGAUUUACGAUAUGGCAUGAUGUUUUAUGAGUGCAAUAGAAUGCUAACAUGUUUGUUUUAACUGCUCUAAUAACAUACAUACAUUUACGUAUGUAUGUAUUACAAUAUGAUAAUGAUAUAAAGCACAUUGAUGAAAGCACUUUUUGCAUAAACAUAUUUUUUACUUUCACCUUAGGAUUGAUUGGGGAAGAGGGGUUUACAUUUAACACGUUAUAGUGUAUAGAAAAUAGGCGUGUUAUUGUCGUUGAUUCUUGAUUGGCUUUAUAAAUCCUAUAUGGCAUUUCACGUUGUUGCAUGUGUGAAUAACCGCGUGCAUAUAUAUCCUAUUUUACAGAUAACGGUAUAAUUUCAUGGACAUUUCUUAUUCGCUUAUUGUAUAUUCAAAUUUCAACUUAACGGAUUUCUUAACGGCUGGUAACAGAGCAUGACCAAAGUAGCUUUAUAUGUACUAUAUUCGACAUCAUUCGGUAUACAUAAACAUCUUUUAUAAAUGUAAUUAUGGACAUCAAAUUCAUUGUAUUGUAUUUUCCUAAAGACAUAAAUAGCAUUUAUCGCGAUAUCAAAUACAAUAUAUAUUUUUAUUUCUACGUCAUAUAGACAUCGGAAUGCCACGUAAAAAAUGUCUGAAUGUUUGAGAAACUGACUAGUAUGCUGAGGUUGAUGUCGUUUGCAUGCAAACCCAAGCGGUAACUGAAUGACGUCGGCAUUGUGCCUUGAAUUUCUUGCAAUGACUUUAAAUCAAGUGUAUUUAUAUCAAAUAUAUACGUUUCCAUUUGCCGUAUUUCCAUUUGCUGAACAGAAUAUGUUGUAUAGAUGUUCACUUUCGUUAGAAUAUGAACGCAUGCGGCAUAUGGUUUGUUUUUCUCUAACGUAUGUUAACACAAAGUCUAAAUAUCUGAAAGAGAUGUGCGUAAUUCAAUGGUUCAAUAUAUGAGGGGUUUUGUUGUACAUAUGGCUACAUAUUGCUACUGUUUCAUUUUAGAUGUAAUUUUUUUUAACAAUCAUACGUUGUUUAGUUAUGUUUUAAAUACCUAUGCACAACUUUCGAUUAAUAUAUAGCAUGCGUAUAGCUAUACAAGAGCUAAUGUUGAAGUAACACAGUAUGUGAAGUUUGUGUUUGUUUGUUAGAUUCGAUAUUUUAGGUUAACGUGUUCAACUUCAUUCAAAUGUGUAGUGUUUUACAUUCAGAAUGUGUUACUGCGACAUAAUAUUGUUUCAUUGCUAAAUAACUGAUGUAUUUCGUUAGAAACGUUUUAUGCAGAGUUGACGCUGUGAUACAUUAAAAAAUAAAAAUAAAAUGUCA